AUGAAUUAUUGUGAAUAUCGACCGGAAAAAGUUUGUGUCUUAAAGGCGGGUCAGGCAGAGGUCCUCCAGCAGGCUAAGGCUCCACCUUCAGGGACUCUCGAAUCAAAUGGUCAAAUCUGGAUGGGCUCUGGAACUAACAACACUGGAACUAACAACAAGGGCUCUGGAACUAACAACAACUGGAACAAGGGCUCUGGAACUAACAAGGACCCUAGAACUAACAAGGGCUCUGCAACUAACAACAAGGGCCCUGGAACUAACAACAAGGGCCCUGGAACUAACAACAGGGGCUCUGGAACUAACAACAAGGGCUCUGGAACUAACAACAAGGGCUCUGGAACUAACAACAAGGGCUCUGGAACUAACAACAAGGGCUCUGGAACUAACAACAAGGGCCCUGGAACUAACAACAACGGCCCUGGAACUAACAACAACGGCCCUGGAACUAACAACAAGGGCUCUGGAACUAACAACAAGAGCCCUGGAACUAACAAGGGCUCUGGAACUAACAACAAGGGCUCUGGAACUAACAACAAGGGCUCUGGAACUAACAAAACCUAA